UUGUUGCUGCUGCUGAGGAAGCGAAGCUCGGGACACACACAAGUUAGAGAGAGAGAGGGAAAGAGAGAGAGCGUGAGAGAGAGAGAGAGAGAGAGAGAGAGAGAGAGAGAGAGAGAGAUCUGCUGUUGUCAAUAGGCGAGAAGAUGGCGAACAUGUGCAUCGACAGUCUGAUCCUGAAGCUGCACGACGUGAAUGCGGUGAAGUUCGGGGAGUACAAGCUGAAGAGCGGCAUGAUGACCCCCAUCUACAUCGACCUGCGGGUGCUGGUGUCCCAUCCUGCUCUCAUGAACCAGGUGUCAAGUCUCAUCUACCAGCGAGUGGAAGAAGAGGGUCUGCAGUUUGACUCGGUGUGCGGGGUUCCGUACACGGCCCUGCCUAUUGCCACGAUUAUCUGCUCCAGACAUGAACUGCCCAUGCUCAUCAGACGAAAGGAGGCCAAGGACUACGGGACCAGGCGUAUGGUGGAGGGGUCGUAUCGUGAGGGGGACACAUGUCUGAUCAUCGAGGACACCGUGACCAGCGGCUCCAGCAUCAUGGAGACUUCUGAAGUCCUCUACAAAGAGGGACUCAAGGUGACAGAUGCCAUCGUCCUCAUGGACAGAGAGCAAGGUGCCGUGGAGAUGUUGGCGUCUCGGGGAAUCCACCUCCAUCCCAUCAUCUCCAUGUUCAAGCUGCUCAACGUGCUGCUGGCAGCCGAACGCAUCGACGCCCAAACUGCCCAGAGCGUCCGCGAGUUUAUCCUGGACAACAACACUUUCAGGCCCAAGGAAGAGAACGGCAAUGGCGCUCCUGCCACCAAGAAGCCGUGUGUGGAGCAGAACCUGGAGAUGAGCUACGCAGACAGAGCCAAGCUGCCAAACAUUCACCCUCUGGCAUCAAAGCUGCUGAAGCUCAUGGAGGACAAACGGUCGAACCUCUGCGUGUCGGCAGACGUGACCAGCAGCCAGGAGCUUCUCCAGCUGGCCGACUCUUUGGGUCCCAAGAUCUGCGUGCUGAAGACACAUGUCGACAUCCUCGAGGACUACACAGCGGACUGCAGCCAGAAGCUGCAGGAGUUGGCGGAGAAACACAACUUCCUCAUCUUUGAAGACCGCAAAUUUGCAGACAUUGGGAACACGGUCAAGCAUCAAUACCAAGGUGGUUUGUACCAGAUCUCAUCUUGGUCCCACAUUGUGAAUGCUCACGCGGUGCCGGGGCCCGGUGUGGUGAAGGGUCUGAGUGCUGUAGGAAAGAGUCUGGGCCGAGGCUGUUUGCUCAUAGCGCAGAUGAGCUCCCAGGGUUCACUGGCCACUGGAGAAUACACACAGGCCGUGCUGAAGAUGGCAGAGGAGCAGUCCGACUUUGUGAUCGGCUUCAUCUGCAGCUCCAAGGUCGGCACCAGGCCGGAGUUCAUCCACAUGACUCCCGGGGUGCAGAUGCAGGCUGGAGCAGGUGGUGCUAUAGCACAAGAAAUAGCAUCUGGAUUUUCUUGCCAGUGCACAACAACCUGUCCCUCCCGCUCUACUCCUCUUCAGUCAUGCAUCCCAUCUCUCCGGGUCUCUCUCCUCAUACAGGUGACGGGUUGGGCCAGCAGUACACCACCCCAGAGGAAGUUAUCCACAGCAAGGCCUCUGACAUCAUCAUCGUGGGACGGGGUGUCCUGGAGGCUCCCGAUAGGCUGAAAGCUGCCGAGUCGUACAGAAAGUCGGGUUGGGAUGCUUACACAAAGCGACUGGGUCCGAGCGGCCAAUAGGAGAACGGGAGUAGUGUCAUCAUUACGCCUCCUGUAAAACUUAAAUAACAACUCUAAUAAUUAGCUAUGCAGAUGACCUGGGAUUAUUUUUAUUUUUUUUACAUAGUUCACAUAGAGCAGGGUGCACAUGAUUGUUUCCAUAGAAACAUGCAUGUACACUUUCACAUUUACAUGCAAAAUAAACUGUUCCUACACAAACAGCAGAGAUGUUUGGGAUCAGACGCUUUACUGUUAAAUAUGCUGUCGUUCCAUCCUGUCCUUUUAAAUAAGCUGCUUUACGUGUGUUUUUCUGAUUCCCUCCAAUUCAUCCGCUGCAAAACCCGACCUGACAUCUGAUCAGCUGAGGGAACGUCUGACCAGGUUCAAUCCAGAUUCAGCAAAAUGCUUCAAUUUGAGGAUAAAAUGUGUUUUAAUUAAUUUUUAUCUUGUUAAUUAGAAAAUAUACCAAUGUAUCAGUCCAGGUGUCUUUCCCUCCACAAAGAUCACCACUUCCAGUGACGCUUUUCUUUUUCAAUAGCACACAAUUCCUGUGUGUGCUCUGUGUAGAAUUGCUGAAAUAUUACACUAAAUUUUGGUAGUACAAAUGAGGGUGUGUAUGGGAACUGCUUGUUAACGGUUGUUUAAUAAUUCCGUUGAAAGUUUGGAGCUUUGUUUUUUUUUAUAGCACACAAUCGAGCGUCUUUUGUACUUUGGAGUUGCUGAAGCUGUAUUUUCCACAUCACAGACACAAAUCUGUGCUAGUUACAGUCUUUCAUUUUCAGUUCUAGCUCGUCAGUAUUAAGUUGAUUUAAGGGCUUGAGCGUGUUUCUGUAAUGGAUGCCGGGGUUUUCAACAACAAACCCUAAUCUUGACUUAAUAUUUUUUUGAAAAAUGCAAAGUUGUGAAUUUUAUAGGUCAACAACAGAAAUGAUGGCGUGUGGUUUACUCUGUCGAGAACAUGACGGAACCAUCUGCUUCACAAGAGUUCAGCCUUUUCCAUCAGUUUUGAUUAUUGCCUGUAUGAUCAGGUUAUUCCCUCUGAUUACUGUGAAUCGCUAAACAAGAGAAAUCUGACUGGAGCCAGAUUCAUAACUGACACAAUUAACUCCACUGCCGUCCAUGCUGCUCAGUAAAAGAAGUUUAGUUAAGGCAGUAAUUUUUCUCAGGUGACUCGCAGAUCAGAGAGCUGACAGAACAAGUUUGGAAGAAGUUUGCCCACUGUUAUUUACUCUCUCCAAAAAGAUAAGUUGAUAAACAGGAAAGAACUGCCAACACUUUGACCCCUCCCCCUUGGAAAGACUUUGCAAACUGAGACCUGAGGCUGCAACUGUUGUGAAUUUAGACCUAAUGAGAAUGCAGUGAAAACGGUUUGUGGUUUUCUGCUUCAUUCAAUGGAUAAAUAUGAAGUUUCCUCUCUUACAGAGGCUUAUAGUUUGGGUUUUCAUGCCAUAAAGUUUCAGACUUAUAGUUUGGGUUUUCGUGCCACUAAGUUUCCAAAAAGAAGAUGCAGUGACUUUUUUUUGUAAAAUGAACUCAAUAAAAACUUGUUUCAA